ACCUGCGUAAAUAUUAGAUUUAUGAAGGAAAGGAGAGAAAAAAAUACAUGAUUCUGUAAAAAAAAUGUACAACCUGUUCUACAGCAAUUCUAACGUAGGCACUGUACUUGAUUUUUAACCUUUUAUCUGUAGUUUUUUUAAUCUUUAUAGCGGAUCUAAGUGUAUUGGCCUGGCACAUUGUAAAUAUCGCGGCAUAUGUGUCGUUUCUAUCGCGUUAAUACAAUGUCUUCGAAUAUACGAAGCGUGUAUCGGUGAUCUACUUUCAAGGUAAAUUCCAAUUCUUGUUGCAGAUAUGCACGUGAUUUGAAGGACAUAGUCCACCCGUAUCUGCAUAUGCACCUGGCACUUCCGACAAGCAUUGCUCUGCCAUAACCUAACUGUAUAUAACAGCGAUAAUAACCACAGUAACAAUCAUUUCAAUUAUCUGAUGACUUUCAUCAGUUAAUAGCAAUGAUAUAUUCCUGAAAGAUGAUGCUUGCCCGUCGCAAAUGCCUAUUGAAAUUGUCAUUUUGCACGUUAUAUAUAAUCUGCAUUUUGCUCAUUGCCAAGCAAGUAUUUCGUGCUAAUGACAAUUCCAACGCUUACAAGGAUCAGUUUCCGUUCCCACGAGAUGGCAAUAAUUCUCAGAGGCAGAAAGAUGUGGAUGUUACAUUGCAAAGGCUACAAAAAGAAAGGUAUGAGCAGUGGAUAUUAAAAUUGGAGUCUGAUGUUGUAGUUGGACUUGGGGAGAAUGGAGAACCAGCUUAUCUACAUGGGAAAGAAAAGAUUGAGGGUGAAGCAGUACUUGCAAAGAAAGCACUGAAUGUUGUUCUGUCAAAUAAGAUAUCAUUAACUAGAAAAUUACCAGAUGUACGCAACCAACUGUGUGCAAAUCUCACAUAUGACACGUUAUUACCAAGUGUUAGUGUGAUAAUUAUCUUUUAUAAUGAACCAUGGAGUGUUUUGUUACGUACAGUACAUAGUGUGUUGAAAGGUUCUCUGCCACAUUUGUUAAAAGAAAUUAUUUUAGUUGAUGAUCAUAGCGAGGAAGAGGAGCUUCAAGAACAACUCGAUUAUUACCUGUCGACGCGUUUACCUACUAAAGUCAAAUUGUUGAGGUUGCCAUCUAGACAAGGAUUGAUACGUGCUCGUCUUCAUGGAGCUAGAAAUGCUACAGGCGAUGUUCUGGUUUUCUUGGACGCACAUUGCGAAGUUAUCAAAGACUGGCUGCAGCCUCUGCUCCAGCGAAUAAAGGACAAGAAAAAUGCUGUAUUAAUGCCAAUAAUUGAUAACAUCUCUGAAGAAACGUUAGAAUACUUCCACGAUAACGAAGCGUCUUUCUUUCAAGUUGGUGGCUUCACAUGGUCAGGUCAUUUUACAUGGAUAAACAUCCAAAAACACGAGCUCCAGUCACGUCGUUCCCCUAUAUCGCCAACUAGGUCCCCUACUAUGGCAGGAGGCUUAUUCGCUAUUGACAAGAAGUAUUUCUGGGAGAUCGGCAGUUACGACGAUAAAAUGGAUGGCUGGGGAGGCGAAAAUUUGGAAAUGUCUUUCAGGAUUUGGCAAUGUGGCGGCACAUUAGAGAUCAUUCCUUGUUCUCGAGUUGGCCAUAUAUUUCGAAACUUUCAUCCAUAUAAAUUUCCGAACGACAAAGAUACACAUGGGAUAAAUACUGCCCGUUUAGCCUUUGUGUGGAUGGAUGAAUACAAGAGAUUAUUUUUACUCCAUCGCAGUGAGUUCAAGAAUAAUCCGAGCCUCUUUGGGGAUAUAAGUGAACGUGUGAAAUUGCGUCGAAAGCUCAAGUGCAAAAGCUUCAGGUGGUAUCUCGAUAAUAUUUAUCCGGAAAAAUUCAUUCCUGAUGAACAUUCCAUGGCGUAUGGUCGCAUCAGAUUGCGCAAUAGACGGCUGUGCUUAGACAAUCUACAACAUGACGAGGAUAAACCGUACAAUUUAGGUUUAUACAGUUGUCAUUCCAAGUUAUAUCCAAGCCAGUUUUUCUCAUUGAGCAAUUCCGGUGAAUUACGAAGAGACGAUAGUUGUGCGAGAGUGGAUGCUGAUAAUUCAAAAGUGCACGUUCCAGUUGAAAUGUUCGAUUGUAAUAUUGAGAAAGGUGGAAAGGAAUGGAUGCUGACAAAGGACAGCAAAAUAGUACACGUAGAAACCGGCCUCUGUCUCGAUGGUACUCAAGUACAGAGCGAGGAAGAUGUAUUCGCUACCGCUUGUGCCGAUGUGCCAAAUCAAUUUUGGAAGUUUGAUUUUUAUAAUAGGAAAAUUCUACCCAAGUAAUGUUUUUGACGUCAAAUACACGGUUGAAUUGGUUAUAUGUUAAUGCUUUAAUAAAAAUGUUUUAUUCUA